AUGUCCAUCUUUAAUUCAGUACUGGGCUCGCUGUCUCCUCCUCCGGGAUUCAGGAAAUCAUUCGAAGAUCCACAUGCGCGCGACCACGAGCUACCGGUGUACAACUCCCCGCCGUCUCCUCGAAUUCCACCCCCCGUUACUGCCUCAGUACUAUGGAGCGCCCCCAAAACCGCCUUAUUACCACCACCUCGGGUGCCCGACGAUCUGAUAGCUUUGCAACGACGAGCGCGACACCUCGAACAACAGCUGCAAGAGCUGCUCGAUGCUCAGGCAGAUGGUUUAAUGGGCGGGCUAGGCGCGGGUGAUGUCAUACCGGACGAUCUCGUGUCAAAUGGCAGUACUACACCAACUGUGAGUAGUGUAAGGUCGAGUGAUAGGAGUGCAGAGAAUGGGGAUACCCGGCAAAUACCCAAGCGGAAGAAAGUCGGUCUCGACACAGCGAGAAGAGGCAUCUCCAGGCGUAUAAGACAACUUGCUAGUGUCAAGUCUGAAGAACUGGAUUUGCUAGACGAAGAUUUGAGAAAACUGCAAACCACAGUGGAGAAGACCGACGCGUGGAGCCAGAAGCGCAUACGACUCGAGAAGAAGAUCCACGAUAUAGAAUGCGAAGACGCAGGCGCAAAAGCGAAGAGCCUACAAACUGAAGCUUCGAAGCUAGAGCAAGAAAUACGGCAAAAAGAAGAGGAGCUUUGGGCCCUGAAGCGACGGCAUCGACGGGUGCUGGACGAGCUGGCAGAUACCGAGAACUCGGCGGAAGCAAAGAUAGCGUCCUACAAAACGGCACUCUCGUUGCUGGAUCGUGAAAUCUCAAACUUCCUUGAAAGACCUCCAAACGCGGACCAUGUACCAAUGUCAUCCUCGCCGUUCCUUACACUCCCAGCGAAGCGGAGAACUCUCGAUAUGGCGCGUGAAUAUUGGCAAGACGAGUACGCAAGGUUAGCAGAAAAAUGCGAAGAGGUCGACACAGACCGCGGCGCGCUUGAGGAGGGGGCACAUCUAUGGACAGAAGUCGUGAAGAAGGUAGCAGACUACGAAACAAGCCUACAAGAUUAUAUGCAGCACGCGGGACGGAAUGGUUCUCCUGAUGCUUCUCAGCUCCUCGAGCAAAUGGAUAAGACCAUUAGCUACCUGGAAGAAAAGCUGGACUACGCCACUUCGCGCAGCUGGAACUUGCUGGUAUGCGCUGUUGGGGCAGAACUUGAGGCAUUCACGCAAGGUAGAACCAUGUUGGUCGAGGCUCUGGGCACAAAACGAAAAGGCAAGGAGAAAGCUCUAGGGUCACUACUAGAUCAUGAUGGGUUUCAAACGGAGCAACAGGAGGAUAUGACGAUAUCAGCUAUUAGAAUCAGCAGAUCGCCGCAAAGGCAGCCAACUCCGCCAAAGCCAUCGUUCUUCGACUCAGAAGAUGAAGAUCCUGAUCCAGAACUGAUGAUUUCGCAUCAGGAUCACGAUACCGGUUGAGCUUUUUCUGAAAAUGUUGAGGCAUUGGGGUCUUUCACAGCCGAGUAGUUAUUCUUCAACAGUGAAUUAAUUUUCGAUCA